CGAAGGCUCAGGCGCAGUGUGCGCCAUUAGGCACAGUUUGGCCGCGCGGCAUCGCGGAACCGGUGUUGAAAGCUCUGUGUUCACCAUCGGAAGGGAUGGUGUAGGACCGGAACUGGUCUGUUGAGGAGCGGCGUUUAUCAAACCUUGUACACACAGCGGCCUGAGGCAUGAUGCGCAGCAAGGCCGAGGUGGAUAGGUACAUUGCCUCGGUGCAGGGCGUCACGCCGCUGUCGCCCCGUGAGAAAUCCCUCAAAGGGUUUUUGUUUGCAAAACUCUAUUAUGAAGCCAAGGAGUAUGAACUUGCAAAGAGGCAAAUAUCAGCUUACAUAAGUGUGCAGGAAAGAGAUCCAAAAGCACACAAGCUUCUUGGCCAAAUCUAUGAGUCUGAAGGCAACGUUGAAAAAGCCAUUGGUUGUUAUAAGCGGGUUGUGGAGCUGAAUCCUGUACAGAAGGACAUGAUCCUGAAAGUAGCUGACUUGCUGUGUAGUAACGGAGAUCUACUUGAUGGAAGAGCAGAAUACUGGGUGGAGAAGGCAGCUAAGCAUUUUCCUGCCAAUGGAGUAGUAUACAAACUGAAGGAGAAGCUGCUGAGCACAAAGGGACAAUUGAACAAUUCUCAACUAUUCGACCUUAUUCAGUCAGAGUUACAUUCAAGGCCCAAUGAUCCUCAUGCCAAUAUACGUUUGGUAGAAUUCUACUGUUCAGUUGGGAAAUUUGAAGAAGCUGUGAAUUUCUGUAUCAGCACUGAAAAGAAAAGAACCCUUUGUAAAUGUCUGGAAUGGUACACCUGCAUGGUACAGAUAUUGAAGAACUAUAUCAGUUCAUCAAAUGUUUCGUCAGCUGAUAAGAGCAAGUGGAGAUUCUUGCAGAAGGAGUUACUCCUGGCAUCAAGUAAUCUUAUGUUCCUGACAUUAUCAACCAGAAGUGUCCCAGACGUUGUAAAUGCUCUAAUGAGUUUUGAUUGUACAAUGCAUAUUGCAAAGUCAUACUUAACUUCAACAAUGGAUGAUCUUUCGGCUACUUUCACUGAAAUGAGAGGACAUCUGUAUUUACAUGCUGGAACAUUACUUCUAAAAAUGGCUCAACAUAAUGCGAUCCAGUGGAAAGCAGUUGUGGACCUUGCAGCAUUGUGCUACUUAAUUGCUUAUCAGGUUCCAAGACCCAGGCUGAAAUGUCUAAAGGCAGAAGAGACACGUCAGGAAAUGAUUAAUUGGUUAGCAUCAGAUAGACAAAGUCAGUCAGGGCAUAUGUUAAUAAGUUUAAUGUCAGGAAAGCCUGAAUUUCACAAAGAAGUGGUGGAGACGUUUGCAAACAAAAGUGGCCAGACUGCAUUAAUUGAAACAUUGUUUGGAAGUCAGCUAUCUGUUGAAAGGUCAUUUCUUGCCAAUGAUGAUAUCAGAAAUGUUACAGAAGAACACCCAGAUCUGAAUGAACUCAUAAAAUGUGAUGAUGCUUCUGUUAAAUUGCAUGGUGGAAAUUUGCAACAUCUUGCUUGGCUUGGUUUACACCAGUUUUCAAUGGAGCAGUUGCCUAUGGUACGAAAUUGGCUUAAGCAGUUGUUUCCUCGACUGCCACAAGAAACCUCACGGCUUGAAACCAAUGCUCCUGAGACUAUUUGCAUUUUAGAUCUGGAGGUUUUUCUUCUUGGAGUGAUUUAUUCAUGUCAUACGCAGUUACAGGAUAAAUCAGAUCUUCACUACAACAUGCACCAACCUAAGUGCAUGCCACUGCCAAUCAGCAAACUGCUGUGUACAGAGCGACAAAACGCUUGGUGGGAUGCUGUCUACAGCCUUGUCCACAAAAAAGCACAACCGGGCACAUCAGCUAAGCUAAGACUAUUGAUUCAACGUGAACUUGGUACAUUGAGAGCACUAGAUAAGCACGGACUUCAACCUGCUCUAAUUAUACACUGGGCACAAAGCCUCAUUAACAUUGGAAGCGGAUUAGAUUCGUACUACGAUCAAAAAGAAUACAUUGGACGGAGUGUCUACUACUGGAGAAAAGUCCUGCCCUUAUUACAGACCAUCAGAAAGAAAAGAAGUAUUCCUGAACCUAUCAAUCCAUUGUUUCAACAUUUCCGUAGCAAGGAUAUCAAGGUUACUGAAGUUGAGGAUUAUGAAAAGGAAGUGGAAAUCGCUUUUGCUACGCUUGAUGUAGUUGAUGGAAAAAUUGACGAGGCAAUUGCUGCUUUUGAAUCUAUCAAUAAUAUUGUCGCACAUUGGAAUCUUGCUUUGAUAUUUCACAGGAGAUCGGAAGAAUAUGAAAAUAGCAAUGAAAUGGCUUCUGAUGAGCAAGAACAAUGUAAAAAUUGUUUACUCAGCAGUAAAGAAUAUCUCAGAAAGGUCUUGAAUGAAGCUGAAUCAAACAUUGCAGCUAUUCACAGUUUGCCUGUAUCAAUAGGUACAGUGAAAGAAAUGCUGGAGUUGGUAAAUCAACAUCUUCAAGAAUAUAAUGGAGAUGUACUUGACCAUGGGGAAGAAAUAAAUGACAGUUCUCAGACAGCUGACAAUGGCACUUCUAUGGAGUCAUUACAAGUUAAACACUCGACCCCAUCUCCAACAAAGCUUACUCCAUCACCAACCAAGAGCUACAAGUGGUCUCCAAAGACUCCACCUCGCUGGGCUGAAGAUCAGAAACAUUUAUUGCAGAUGCUUUGCCAGCAAGUAGAACAGCUGAAGGAUGAGGUACGUGAACUCAAGCUAAAUAAUUCAAAUACAACUGAAUCACCACAUCCUCGAUGGCGCACAGAUAGUUAUGGUGCAGAUAACCAUGCAGAAGGUUACCAGGGUGCGCACAAUUUUCAGGGAGCACCUUUAACAGUUUCUACCUCAGGACCUUCUGUGUUCUACAAUCAAUCCCCAGCAUAUAACUCCCAAUAUCUUCUUGGAACAGCAACCAAUGUGACUCCAACCAAGCCUCCUACCUAUGGAAUUGGUCGGAUUCCGCCACAACAGUCGAUGUAUGGCUAUCAACAGCAGACUCGCACACCACCUGUUCAGAACAACGCGCCUUGUAUGUAUUCACAGGACAUGUAUGGAACACAGUUACGUUUUGAAUCACCUGCAACAGGAUUGCUUUCCCCAUUUGGUGAAGACUACUACAAUCAUGGUGUUCCACAGACCAACACAAACCCACCAUUGCCAGAGCCUGGUUAUUUCACUAAACCAUCAGUGGGAGUUCAGAUGUCAAAGCCUACAGAGAUGAAGGGGUUAGAGUUUGGAAAACUGAACCAACAAAUGCAGCAUGAAACUACAAAAGCUUCCUUGGGUACUGCCCUAAUGCAUUCCACACCAGCAACAACAUUCAAAUUUAACUCUAAUUUCAAGAAUAAUGAGGGGGAUUUUACAUUUUCAUCGCCCCAGCUGAAGACUCAGACACCACCUUCAUCUGCCAGUGAUAGUCUUCUGGGAAUUUUAACUGCAGGUAGAUGUAUAAAAAGUGACCAAAUUGUAGGUCACAUGUUUACGCAAGAAGCAAUACCAAGUCGAGGAAACUUCUUUUCCCUAAGAGGGCAGGGUUCAUUUGAUGACUCUUCAGUUCAAAAGCAAAAUAAAAAUUCAUUCAACAACAUUUUGAGUAAUCAGACAUUUGGAAUGAAUGCAGAAGACAAAGGUAGGGAGAGUGAUGGGGACAGUGUUCCUGAAGAAGAUGGUCCACACUUUGACCCUGUUAUACCACUUCCAGACAAAGUAGAUGUGAAAACUGGAGAAGAAGACGAAGAAGUGCUGUUUUCCAACAGAGCUAAGCUCUUCCGUUUUGACACUGAGACCAAAGAAUGGAAGGAACGGGGCAUUGGUUAUGUCAAGUUACUUCAACACAGGGUAUCUGGCAAAAUCAGACUCCUAAUGCGACGAGAUCAAGUUCUUAAAAUCUGUGCAAAUCAUUACAUAACAGCAGAUAUGAAAUUGAAGCCAAAUGCAGGAUCUGAUAAAUCAUGGGUAUGGUGUGCUUUAGAUUAUUCUGAUGAAAAGCCAAAAGCUGAGCAGCUUGCUGUUCGAUUUAAAACUGCAGAUGAGGCUGCGUUAUUCAAAACCAAAUUCGAAGAAGCACAAAACUUAGUGAAAGAUCAAAAGUUAAAAUCGAGUAGCCUACUUAGUCAAGAAAAGAAAACUGGAAUCAAAAUCAAGGCUGUGGAUGUGCAAUUAGGUGCCAUUAAAUCAACGACUGAACAAUCUGGAUUUGGUGCUCAGUUUGUCAAGAAAGAUGGUGAAUGGGACUGCAGCUCAUGUCUUGUACGAAAUUUUGCAGCUGCUUCUGCGUGUGCAGCUUGCCAAAACCCUAGAACUGUUACUGGAAAAGAUAGUUCUCCCUCCAUUUCACGAAUCUCUGAGCAAAAUGGAAGUGAAGUUGGAGUGACUGAGAAGAUUACUACAGCUUUUACUAAAACAGUAGGAUUUGGUGAUAGAUUUCCUAAGGAAGGCCACUGGAAUUGUAAUGCGUGUUUUCUUCAAAAUGAAGCUGUCUCGUCUCAUUGUAUAGCUUGCCACACACCAAAUUCCAGUAGCAAGAAUGGCAUUAGUUCCGCCACUCAGGCACCUACAACCUUUGCAUUUAGUGCUCAGAAAGAUAUUACAAAGCAAAGUACACCUAAUUUUGGCGCACUGUUUGGAAAAGUGGAUGGUCAAUGGGACUGCAUUGCAUGUCGUGUCAGAAAUGAAGCGACUGCACAGAAGUGUGUGUCCUGCCAUGCACUAGGUCCAUCUUGUAAAGAUUCUGGUGUGUCGUACGACCAGCCAGUGACUGCCUUUGAGUUUGGUCUUGACUCUGUGUCUGCAAAAGCACCAAAAGGAUUUGGUUUCAGUAGAAAGGAGGGGCAGUGGGAUUGUGAGACUUCAUUUGUAAGAAAUGAACCAGAUGUGGCAAAAUGUGCAGCCUGCCAGGUGCCCAGACCUGCUGGCAGUGUUACAGUUGUUACAUCCACGAGCCAAUCAGCGUCAGCCUUCAGAUAUGGUGAGAAAGCAUGUGCACCUGCACAGGGAGGGUUUGGAGGAAUGUUCACCAAAAUGGAGGGACAGUGGGAUUGCGCCACUUGUUUUGUGAGAAAUGAACCAAAUGUAGCAAAAUGUGUAGCCUGUCAGACACUUAACCCAGACGGUAAAACUGCAGAUGUUUCAACUGCUGCCCCAUUUGGUCUUGCCAGUGCAUAUUCUAAAUCUGAUACACCCGAAUCAGGAUUUAAACUUAAUUUUCCUGCAAGUGGCUUCAAAUUUGGCCAUAGCGACAGCAGCUCAACAGCUUUCAAAGUUGGGGCAUCAUCAUGUCAACCCUCGAGACCAUUUUCUAGCACUGCAUUUACAUUUUCUUCAUCUAAUACAGGUGGUGGGUUUGCAUUUGGAUUACCUGAUACGAACAAAGACUCUACUGAUAAGGUUAACCAGCCAAUACAAGAAGGAUCAGCUGCACUCUUUUUAAAAUCUUUUGCUGAACAGCAAAGAGAGAGGGAGCGAAUGAAUUCAAAAUCUGGUGCAAACACAAAUCAGGCACCUAAUACAUCAAGUCAAAAUGAAGAAUUUUUUCUGGGCAAGAACUCCAAUAUUGCUACCUUUGCAGAUCUUGCAAAAACUGCAGAUAAAGAAUUUCAAUUUGGCCAUAAAGAUCCUAAUUUCAAAGGUUUUGAAGGAGUAGGUCAGCAGCUAUUUUCAUCAUACACUACAACAGCUCCUUCAGCAGAAAAUGAAAAUGAUGAAUUGUAUAAAACUGAAGAAGGGGAUAAUAUUCAUUUUGACCCAAUUGUUCCUCUGCCUGAGAAGGUUGAUCUCAUUACAGGUGAAGAAGAUGAAACAGUCCUUUACUCACAGAGAGUUAAACUAUUUAGGUUUGAUGCAGAAACCAGCCAGUGGAAGGAACGUGGUGUUGGAAAUCUCAAAGUCCUUCAAAAUAAAGCUAACGGCCGCCUUCGGAUACUAAUGCGUCGCGAGCAAGUUUUCAAAGUAUGUGCAAAUCACUGGAUCACGACCACAAUGAAUCUCAAACCCUUAAUGGGUUCUGAUAGAGCAUGGAUGUGGUUAGCUAGUGACUUUUCGGAUGGUGAGGCCAAACCAGAGCAACUGGCAGCGAAGUUUAAAACUCCUGAAUUGGCUGAAGAUUUUAAAGAGAAAUUUGAAGAAUUCCAAAGACUGUUGCUAGAUAUUCCAUUGCAGACUCCUCAUAAGUUAUUAGACAAUGGUAGGACAGCUCGGCUUAUACAGAAAGCUGAAGAAAUGAAAAGUGGUUUAAAAGACCUGAAACAUUUUUUGAAAGAUGAUUCAGGAAGGUUGAAUGAUGAAGGGAAUGUAAUAAUGAGUUCUGCUUCUGAAACCAACAAUGCCUCUGGUUUAGUGAUUAAACCGCAUUCAGAAAGUACCGGCCCCACGCUGGAGUGGGAUAAUUAUGAUCUGCGUGAAGAGGCAUUGGAUACAAGUGUAUCUAACACUGCCUAUGGGCCACCUGAUACGAGCAGUCCAGUGAGGAAGAACCUCUUCCGCUUUGGCGAUUCAACAACUGGGUUUAACUUUAGUUUCCAGCCAAGCUUGAGUCCACUGAAAUCUCCUAAACUGAACCACAGUGGAUUGUCUCUAGGUACUGAUGAAGAUUCUGAUUUUGGGCAAGAGGAGGAGAGGGAUGCUCAGCAUUUUGAGCCAGUUAUUCCGAUGCCUGAUUUAAUUGAUGUAUUGACAGGAGAGGAAAAUGAACAGGUUAUCUUUUGUCAUCGAGCCAAACUUUAUCGAUAUGACAAAGAAGUGAGUCAGUGGAAAGAAAGAGGAAUAGGAGACUUGAAGAUUUUACAAAAUUAUGAUUCUAAAAAAGUUCGAAUAGUUAUGAGACGUGACCAGGUUUUAAAAAUUUGUGCUAAUCACUGGUUAACACCAGAGGUAAGAAUUGAGCCUAUGAAAGGAACGGAAAAAGCCUUUAUUUGGAGUGUUAUGGAUUUUGCAGAUGAUGUGGCAAAGAUGGAACAGUUAGCUGUACGGUUCAAACAGCAAGAAAUUGCUACCUCUUUUAGGGAGCUCUUUGAAGAAGCUAAGAAAGCUCAAGUGCAGGGGACAUUAGUCACACCGUUAUCUUCAAGAGGGAAUACACCAAGAGAAUCUCCAUGUGGCAAAAUUGCUAUAUCAUUGCUCGAAGAAACUAUUAAGGAGUCAACAGAGCAAACGCAUUCAAGUGUUGCAUCUCCAAACAGUGCCGCCAAGUCACCGAGUACUUUAUUGACAGAAGCACCAUCAUAUACCUCUGUGGCUUCGCCAAAAUUUGUAUUUGGAUCUGAUUCUGUGAAAUCCAUCUUCAGCAAUGAGCAAGAGAGGCCUUUCACUUUUGGUGGUUCAGCAACUGGAUCCUUGUUUGGUUUCAGUUUCAAAAGUGCUGAUUCUGCUUUAAAGGACCAAGUACAACCUGCCUCCUCUGUCAUUAAGAACAAAUUGCAGGAGGUAACAAGUGGUGGAUUUGAUUUUCGUAAAGCAGCUGCAUCUCUAUCGAAGUCUACAAGCAACUUGUUGCCUUCAAGCACAACAGAAUCUGCUGUAACUGCUUUUGCAACCAAGGAUACACCCAGGCCCACUGCAUUUAAAAUGCCACAAUCUGUUGGCGAUGAAGAUGUACAGAUUGUUUUUGUAUUGACACCCACACCUGAACAAGCAGCUCUUGCUAAGCAGCUACAACUUCCACAAACAUUCUUCUGCUACAAGAACAAACCUGGUUAUUUUAGUGAUGACGAUGAGGAUGACGAAGACUAUGAAACUGCUGUUAGGAAACUCUGUGGAAGAUUGUAUCAAGAUAAAGAAGAGAAACAGAAAACACCUAAAACAGGUGAACCAAAGGAACAGUUACAUUCUAAUGAACUAGAAGACUUCUCUGAUGCAGGUACAUCCUUGCAACUUACUGAUGUGAAGCUGUAUGCAGAUGAACAAAGAGAUCACAAGUCCUGUGCAACAGUAGAUUCCAGUGGGGACACUCUAGUGGAAGAUGGUGACAAAGACUGUAUUCUUGUGUGGGAGAAGGUGCCGACCCCGAAAGAGAAGUUGAAGGCUGAAAAGUUGUUGCUUCCUUCCACGUUUUUUUGUGGUAUAAACAGUGAUACCGAAGGAGAGAAGGAAGACGAUGACUUUGAAAUUGAAGUUAGAAAAAUCAAGGAAUCACAAUUAGCACAAGAAGAAAUCAUCAGCAGCUCCACUUGUAUAGAUUCUGCAAUCCAAUUGAAUGAACCGGAGACUACUGAACUGGUUAAUGUUUCAGAGGCUGAAGCUAACUCUACAACACAACUUGAAUGUAACGAAUUCUCUGCAGAUGAUGGCAGGCCCAUUGAUUUAACAACUAAAAAAGAAAUGGAGCCUGAUUCUACUACUGAAGUGAAUGGCAUAUUUGGAUUCGGUGACACGAAAACAGUUUCUUUUGCAGAUUUGGCUGCUCAGAGUACAGAAGGAUAUGCGUUUGCACCAAAAGAAGCCAAUUUCACAUGGGCAAAUGCAGGAACUGCUGUGUUUACUUCGAUGGUGCCCAGAACGCCAUGUGAUGAAGAUGAUGGCACUGAUGUGGUACCUAGCAAUGACAUCCACUUUGAGCCAAUAGUUUCUUUACCAGAGGUUGAGACAAAAUCAGGUGAAGAGGAUGAGGAAAUCCUCUUUAAAGAAAGAUGUAAGCUGUAUCGUUGGGACCGUGAUAUUUCUCAAUGGAAAGAACGUGGAGUUGGAGAUCUUAAAAUUCUGUAUCACUCCCAAAAGCGAUGUUACCGUAUUCUGAUGAGGCGAGAACAGGUUCUUAAGGUCUGUGCGAAUCAUGUUAUUACUGAGGAAAUGGAACUCAAACAGAUGAAUACAUCAAACAAUUCCUUUGUUUGGACUGCAGCUGACUACACUGAUGGCGAAGCAAAAAUUGAGCAACUUGCAGUACGAUUCAAAACUCCAGAAUUGGCUGCUGCUUACAAAAAGAAAUUUGAAGAAUGUCGAGACGCACUUUCGCAACUCCAGAAAUCUGAGGAAUCCCAAGCUGUAGCCCUGUCAAAUAGCAGUAACCCUGUUGUUUAUUUUGAUGUGUCAGCCAAUGAGGAGAGUUUGGGACGAAUUACCAUGGAACUGCUAUCAAAUAAGGUUCCACGAACAGCUGAAAACUUUAGGGCCCUCUGCACUGGAGAGCAUGGUUUUGGAUUUAAAAAUUCAAUAUUCCAUAGGGUUAUUCCAGAAUUUGUUUGCCAGGGUGGUGACAUCACAAAGUUUGAUGGAUCUGGUGGGAAGUCUGUUUAUGGAGAAAUGUUUGAAGAUGAAAACUUCAUUAUACAGCACUCUUGUCCUGGUUUGUUGUCCAUGGCAAAUAGGGGCCGAAAUACCAAUAAUUCACAAUUCUUUAUUACUCUAAAGGAAGCCAAGCAUUUAAAUUUGAAGCAUGUAGUUUUUGGCUAUGUAAAAGAAGGCAUGGAUGUUGUGAGAAAAAUUGAAACAUUUGGUUCUGAAAGUGGCAAAACAAGUCGAACCAUUACAAUCACUGAUUGUGGGCAGAUUUCUUAAAUGGAGAGUACCCAGUUUCUCUUUGGUCAUGCUGUCUAUUUGGAAUGCUGUAAUAUUGGAUGUUGCUGGGAUGUUAACUGUACUGGUCUGAACAUUGGAUGUACAAAUUAUAUUGAUGGCUAGCAGCUGUCCAAGUUUGUUAGUGUUGAAUAUUGCAUGUUUCAGAAUAAAAAUUUUGGCAAAUGAGCGGUGACAUUUAUCUUAAAUGUAAAUGCGACACUUUACAGUUCCAGUCGAACUUUGCAGAGCAGUUUAAACCUGGCAAUCAAAGUUAAGAGAAAUUUUCCUUAAUAUGCAACUUUUUAAAGUGUGCAGAAUUUCAGAAUUAAGUUGGGGAUUAGUAACUGUUUUCCAGGUCUAAAAGUGGUAAUUGCCAAGCGGGAUUUGGUAGUAUCAACCAGGCUUUGCAUAUUUUUUGUUUUGUUUUAGUGCAACCAAAACACUAGAUUUUGUUUCAAAAUCCUGGAAUGAGGUUACAUUUGUUUGUUAUUUUGUUGCCAAGAUUAAAGCUCUGCUGUUAAAAAUUACAUUUACUGAAACAGAUUUGACACUAUUGUAAAAUAUAGUCAUUUUUUACAAUGAUUUUCUAGUAUUUGCUAAUGUGAUUGGCUCUGUAAUUUUAAAUUGGUAAAUUUAACUAGUUAAAACCCAAACUUUAUAAAUAUUUAUAAUAAAGGUAUAGUUGUAUCUACUGGUGGAUUUAAGCAUUUUCUUCAAUUUGUU